GACUUCGUUGAGGAAAUGCUAAGCGGUCUCUCAAAGACGGAGUUUUGUCGCCACCAAAGAGGCAACCAGGAGCCGAGAGUCCGCUGUCGGGCUUCUGGAUACGAAACCCGGAAAAGUUUACAACAAGUUAGACAUGGACCCGGAAGUUGACGUUGAGCAAAUAGCUGAAACAGCAGCUCCUGCCCCGAGGAUGACCAGACAGCAGAUUCUCACCAUAAUAUCAAUGGCAUCUGUCAACUUUAGUUCAAUGAUCUGCUAUUCAAUAUUAGGCCCCUUCUUCCCCAAUGAGGCUUUAAAGAAAGGAGCCUCUCAAACUAUCGUCGGUCUCAUAUUUGGCUGCUACGCCGUCUCCAAUUUAAUUGGCUCGUUGGUCAUGGGAAAAUAUAUUGUCCAGAUCGGUGCAAAGUUCAUGCUGGUGAUGGGGCUGUUUGUGUCUUCGGCCUGCACCAUCAUGUUCGGGCUCCUCGACCGGGUUCCCUCGGGAGCCACGUUCAUAAGCAUGUGCUUCAUCGUGAGGUCCAUAGACGCGCUGGGCUUCGCCGCGGCCAUGACCUCCACGUUCGCCAUGACGGCGAAGAUAUUUCCAAACAAUGUGGCCACUAUUUUGGGCUGUAUGGAGGCUUUCACGGGACUCGGCCUGAUCCUGGGGCCGCCGCUCGGAGGGUGGUUCUACCAGUCGUUUGGAUAUGAAGUCCCUUUCAUGAUUCUUGGAUGUUUCCUUCUGAUUAUGGUUCCUUUCAACAUGUACAUCUUGCCGAGCGUCGAAGCCGACCCCUCGAAGGAUUCCUUCUUUGGGCUUCUCGGCAAAGGGAAGAUCAUCCUGAUCUGCUACGCGGUGUUCACGCUCAGUGGAGGUCUGGGCUUCUUGGACGCCACGUUGUCCCUGUUCGCCAUGGAGAAGUUUAAACUGUCAGCUGGCUACGUGGGACUCAUCCUCCUGGGGUUGUCGUUGCCGUACUGCCUGGUAUCACCGCUGAUUGGGUAUAUUACUGAUAAAUAUCCUUCCACCAGGAGUUGGUUUAUUGUGACAGGAGGGGCCGCCACAGCGUUUGGCUUCUUCAUGCUUGGCCCCGCCCCUUUCUUUCACAUCUCCAGUCAGCUGUGGCUGCUGGUCCUCAUGCUCAGUGUGGUCGGGUUGUCCAUCGGCAUGACCGCAAUCCCCAUGUUCCCCGAGAUCAUCUCGUAUGCAUAUGAACAAGGAUAUGAAGAGGGGCUCGGCACUCUCGGAAUGGUGUCUGGACUUUUUGGGGCGUUUUGGUCCUUUGGGAUGUUUUGUGGCCCAACGGUGGGGGGCGUCAUCACGCAACACCUGAGCUUCGAGUGGGCAGCGGCGGUCCAGGGAGGCAUGGCGCUUUUGGGCGCCUUUCUCCUUGCUGUGUACUACGUGUGUCAUCCUCAACAACAACAACAACAACAACAACAACAACAAAGCGUUCGCAAAGACAGUCGAGCAGCAGAUGAACGCACUCCUCUCCUCGCUGAAUGAAGCCCUCGGCUGCACGAGGAAGGACGAAGGACGAAGGACGCCACGCCGAACGGAAAAAACCCUCCAUUAAGUGGUUUUUUAAUGUUUCGGAGAGAUUGUAACGCUUUCGUACGGGUCGGGAACGCAUACGUCCUGUAAAGUGUUGCUUUUGAGAAAUGUCCGGCUCUUAAACGCCCCCCGACGACAAAGCGCUACUUCUGAUCAUUUAAAUAUAUGAUUUUCUAUCGAGCGCGAUGAUGAUAAACGAAUGUAGUACGAAUGAAUGUAGUCGACCGACCGCAAAGUCCAAACUUAAUGUGCCUUUUGUCCCGAAGCUGUAUUCAUGAUCUUAGCUUUCCGCAUCACAUGACCUGGAUUUCAGCCGCUGGCCGCAUUCACGGCAACUUGAAGACAAUAAGUUGUUCUGAUCUGUGGAGCGACUUGUUCUUUAGGUCACAGUGGAGCUCGCUGUGAUUCAACAGGGACCAUUGUGUCACUAACUGCACUUUUUGUGUGUUGUUUUCUGACCGAACAAUUUUAAUGAUUGUGGGGUUUUUUUGCACUGAUUUAACAUAAAAACUGAAAUUACGCCAAUGUCUGUGCGCGCCGUAUCCUCUUACUAGCAUCUUAAAAUAAAAAGAUAUUAACAUGUCAAAAAGCAUAUAAUAAUAUAACUUACAAACAUUCAUUUAUAUAUGCAAGUCUACUUAAACGCUGAGUCUAAAAUAAUAGCAACAAGCAGAAUAAUUAUCAUCUUAUUUGCAUUGUUUCUUAAGUACAUUCCAUAAAUCUGCAUACAUAAUCAAAAUAGCCCGUGAGCGUAUUUAUUUAAUAAAAAGUGUGACUUUACAUGUGCUUAAAUUGGAAAGGAAUACAUUUGUAUUUUUAUAUAGCUUUCUAGAAGUGGCGUAUAAAAAAAAACAUUCAUCUCCUACAGGCUAAGAGAAUACAACUACAAUAUUGGAGACAUUUUGUAUUCUAUAUGUUCAGUAAAAUUAUACACAAUA